GAUUUUACCAGUGAUUUUAAUACUACAGACUAUAAUGUUAGUAUUAUUAAGACACCUAAAGAGAGGUUGAUACAAUUCGAGAGUUAUGUGUUGAUACAAUUAUGUUUGUUGAUAAGAAUUUGUUUGGAAGCAGUUCUUUAUUUCGAGGGAGUAGUGUGUGUCGAAUUAAGGACAAAAAAGGGAAUAAAAGAAGAAGAUUUGAUAGCAUAGAAAGAGACGCAGCAACAUAGAAAUCAAGUUGGAAUUGUAGUAGUGUCACAAUUUUGUAAUGAAGAAGGGAGAUAAAACAAUUGAAAAAUUAGAUCAUUGUCCGAACUCUGAAGUCAUAUUCAGGUUGUGUUGUUGCACUUCAUUUGCGAAGAUAAAAUUUCCAAGUAAAACAAUAGAGAGAAAUAUGAGUCGAGCAUUCAUUGGAAAGGAACCUGUUAUCCAUUUAAGAGGACUUCGUAAGUUCAAUAAUGUGAAUGUUUCUUUGGAAAUUCAGCAUGUUCUUUUUGGUCAGGAGUGAGAUGAGCAAUUUAUGUUUGUGUUGGCGCCUUUAACAGUUUUAAUUACUAAAAAAGAAGAAAUUAGAUCAUGAAUACUCAAAAUUUGUCUAAACGGAUCUAGAGAUCAAUGAUGCGUCUGACCCAAUGCGUGAUUUGAAUUUGAAAAUCUAGGGGAAAAGAGCUCGGAAAAGAGUAGAGAGAUAGCAAGGCAACACAUUGGCACAUAACAAGUUUACCAGAAGAUAAGAACUUCUGUUAACACGGAAAGAAGCAAUUAACCUGAAUAUUGCCUUGGUAGAGUCCCAAGUAUGAAGUGUUCUGAUGUAAAAAGCUUUUUAGUUUUCCUCCAGUAACCCUAGCAUGUAUGAUGCAAGUGAAAAAAGCCGUCAGUGAAGUUUUGUUCUUUGUUCCGCGGGCUACCUUAUCUAUGUUUCUACGAUGGCCCAAGAACACGCUCACUAAAUUCCGGCUUCAUCAAAUCAAUUUAUCUCAGUUUUCUCACAUCAGUUCUCUAUUUAUUAUUAAGGAUAUUAAGGUUACAAACAGUUAGGAAGAACACUCAGUUCUUUAGACCGACAUAUAUGGACCAAAUGAUGACAAUUGACAAGUCAACUUGUUCUCAUUGUCAUGAUAAUCAGUCACUGGAAUAAUUUUUCCUAGUAUGGAUGCCAAAUAUAGUAAAGUUUCUUUGAAGUACGAAAAAGGUUUUUUUCACAAUUUCUUUCAAUUAAAUUACUUUUGCUCUUAUGCAAAUUAACUAAAUCCUAAAUUACUUUAGGACAACUGUAGAGUUAAUUUUUUGUUUGUUGUAGAGGGAAUUGUUUCCUGUCGGUGCUUAACCUUUUUUGCCAAGUUAUUUCCUCCGUUAUUUACAUUAGGAACCUUAGUAAACAAUUUGAUUCUUUCUUGAAAAUGUAUAAAUUUUAGGAACACAAGACAAUUUCUUUCCUCCUAGAAAAGGUGUUUUCCUCUUUUAUUUAUUGUAGGAAUAGAAGACAAUUUCUUUGAUUUUGUAAUAAAAACACAAAAUACACAUACACGUACACGUACAUACGGCUAUUUUUUCUAGUAAAAAAUAGAAACUUACCAUGUAUAUAAUUCGAAUCCUACUAAAAUACUGCAGACAAGGCUGAAUUGUGGCCUGGUUAAACUGAUGAACUUCCUUGUUUCCCACGAACUUGAUCACUAUAUAUAUCCUUGCAUGUAUUAAACCUCAAUUGCAUUCACAAAAAUACACCCCUUCAAGAAUACCUUCAUAUUCUUGAAGGUGAGGAAAAAACAAUGGGAGCUUCAUUGACUGACGUAGGGUCCAGGCUUGCUGGACUAACGUUCAUAUGGGGCACAAUUCAACAACUCUUCCCUCAAAUACUCCGCAAGCGUAUCGAAUCCUUCUGGAAUCGACUCGAAAAUUAUUUCUCUCCUUAUGUCCAGAUUACCAUUGACGAAUUCUCCAAUGAAAAAAGCAACGAAAUUUACAGAUAUGUCAACACUUAUUUGGGUACUAAGUCCAUCGACAAUGGUGCUAAGUAUCUCAAAGCUGAAAAGCCCGACAACAGCAAGUCUUUUGCUGUUAUCUUGGACGAAGGAGAAGAAAUAAUUGAUGAAUUCCAAGGGGCCAGACUCUGCUGGCGCAGUCACACGGAAAAAUUCAGCAGCAAUUCUCAAGGCAAAUCCAAAAUACCGAUUGAAAAGAGAAGCUACACAAUAACUUUCGAUCAGCAACAUAGGGAGAUUGUCACGGGAAAAUACUUGAAGCAUGUGAUGGAAGAAGGCAGGGCAAUUGAGUUCAAGAAUAAGAAACAGAGGAUUUACUGUAAUGACAGUACUAGUUGGUGGGUUUUGCGUUUGUCCACUCUGUGGAAGCACAUCAAUUUCGAGCACCCUGCAACGUUUGAUACUCUGGCUAUGGACCCUAAGAAGAAAGAGGAAAUAAUUAACGACCUCAUUGCUUUUAGCAAGGGCAUGGAAUAUUAUUCCAAGGUUGGCAAGGCGUGGAAGCGCGGCUAUCUUCUUUAUGGUCCACCAGGAACUGGAAAAUCAACUAUGAUUGCAGCUAUUGCCAAUUUCAUGAACUAUGAUAUCUAUGAUCUUGAGCUCACAUCCGUUGAUGAUAACUUGGAGCUUAAGAAGUUGCUCAUGGAAACAACAAGCAAGUCCAUUAUUGUCAUUGAAGACAUUGAUUGCUCCGUUGAUCUCACUGGUAAGAGAAAGCAGGGAAAGAAGAAAGAGGCAAAGAAGAAAGAAGAAACAAGCGACUCUGAUUCUGAUUCUGAUUCGGACUCGGACUCGGACUCGGACUCAGAAAGAAAAAAAAAUAAACGAAAAAAACUUACACUUUCGGGGCUGUUGAAUUUCAUAGAUGGAAUAUGGUCAGCCUGUGGUCAAGAGAGGAUUAUUAUAUUUACCACUAAUUAUGUGGACAAACUUGAUCCUGCUCUUAUACGUCGAGGACGAAUGGAUAUGCACAUUGAGAUGUCGUAUUGCAGAUACGAAGCAUUCAAAGUGUUGGCUAAGAAUUACUUGGGCAUUGAAACACACCCUUUGUUUGAACAGAUUCAAGGUUUAAUAGAGGAAGUAAACAUGAGUCCUUGUGAUGUGGCAGAGAGAUUGAUAGUCAAGAAUGCUUCAGGAGGGAUUGAGAUUUGCUUGAAUAACUUGAUUCAGGCUUUGAAAGAGGCCAAGGAAAAGGCAAUACAAGAUUCAAAAGAGGCCAAGGAAAAGGCAGUACAAGAUUCAAAAGAAGUCGAGGAAGAACCCAAGAAAAACAAAAAGUUGUCAACAAAUUUAGUCAGGAGUUGUGGCCGUUUAAAAAAGCUUUUUAGAUGAUGUUUUCAUAUUUGUCUUCUUAGGUAGCUGUUUAUUACUAUGUUGUUAUAUACACGAUAUAGCUUAUUAUGUUGUUAUAUACACACGAUUUAGUUUAUUUUAUGUUGUUAUGUUAUUCAUGGUUGUUUAUAAGUUGCUAAUUUAACAGAAUGGCUAGUUACCCUCCAAAAAAAUUAAUUUCUUUUCAAAAGAAAAAGUUUUGAAAGCUUUUUAUUUUUUAUUUUGAAAUUUUUUUCUUUUUUGAUUUUUUACACCCCCACCCCCCCACCCUUAUCCCCUCCCGAAUUUUCUACUUCAUAUUUAAUUUUACCUU